UAGACAAGUCAAUAUUUCACUUUUCACACAAGAAAACGUUCGCUUUGUAGGUCUUUUCUCACGUAAACUGAGGUUACCUGACGCCAGCGUAAUCCAAGCGCAAAUGAAAGAAAUAAAUCUUCUGAACUCUACGAUCUAUGUACAUUUUAUUUACUUAUUAUUCCUGCGUUAAGCGUGUAAAUUCAUUCAUCAUCGUCAUCACAAAACUUGAUUUUUUUAUAGCAAAAUGAAAUGAAUAGGUAUUGAUUUCAGGUGAAUAAAAUUGAACUAAACAUUUUGCAAAAUCAUGUAGCUAUUUCCUGCCACUUACCUGACUUUUCAGCGUGCGUUACGUUGUAAAACAAUAUCAACUGGUUGAUGAGCUCACUUGCAAAAAAUUGCCACGUAGCGCCUACCCCUACGUUUGAUUGGUUCAAUUCGUUUUAUCACGUGAUUUUGUCAGCCUUUAUUAACUGGAACACUAUGAACCGAGGAUCGUGGCUUCCUAGUUCUGAGGGGAAAAAAAGGUAAGAAACUUGUCUUGUAACACCCAUUAAUCGAAAUAGGUGUCCUUUUUAGCUGGGUGGUUCAAUCACAGAUUUAAAAAUUGUUUGUUCGAAGACUACUGCUCUAUCCCAGCUCUAUCCGGCGUAUCCAAGAAUGAAAUCUGUCAUUCUGGUUUUGAUAAUUGUUGCUGCUGUUACACAACAAACCUCUCCACCUAUGUCCACUGAUUUGUCUACAGCAAUAACCUGCGCCACUUCGAACGACACUUCUGUCUCUUGCAAUCGUCUUCAUCGCCUUACGCAUGCAGCUAACGAGUAGUCGUUGUCUAAAAAUCGGAUAAAAAUACAGAUGGCAGAGAAGAAAGUUACAGAAAUGAUGAAGGCUGUUGACAAAGCUACGGAAAAGUUGAAUGCUUUAAACCAAACACUACAAAUCGUUAUCGAGUAUAAAGAGAAACUUGCUGGAAUUGAAAGUUCUUUGAAUACCAAAUACUUAUUAGAUCUGAUGCAUCUAAACAAAGUAGAUAGAGAAAUUCGGCGGAUGAGGAUUAUAGACGAAGAAGUUACAAUAAAAUACAACAGAAUGCUGGCAUUAGAAACCCGAGCCGAAAGACUUAGAACAAAACUAGAAGAUAAAGCGAAUUUGGAUGAACAACGUCAGCAACAUCAAAAUCUGCUCGAUUCCCAGCAUAUUUCUUUUUUCGCUCAGCGAACAACAAGCUACAGCCAAAGGAAUACUUUAAAUAAUUAUCAAAUAAAUGACCUUAAUCAAGGUGGAGCAUUCAACAAGACAUCGGGAAUAUUUACUGUACCAGUAAAUGGUUUAUAUUACUUCUACUUUACUGCAUUGAAAACGAAGCAGGGUCUUUCUGGAACGAGCCGUUUGACAGUUCAAAUCGCCCAGACAAGUCCACCCCUUCGGGUUUUGGCAAAAGGUUAUAUGGACUCGAGUGAUUGGAAUGGAUGGUUUUCAGUGCAAGUUAAGGCAAUAGCUAAUCUGGUGGUAAACGACCGAAUUGCCGUCCAACUACUCGAAGGUUCUAUCUACGAAAGUGGCAUUUCGGGUCAUGUAACGACAAACUUUGGCGGAUAUCUCAUUGUCCACUUGUAGCCCACUUUCUUCAUUACAAACGAAACAAAAGUUUAUUCGGGUCUGUGAAGAAAAUACAUAAAUUUUAUCAUUUCAAA